AUGCAACUGGCAGGGUGGCUUUGGGGCACUGUGGCACUGUGGCUGCUGCUGUCUGCCCACACUGUGUCAGCGUUGGAGCCCCUCAGCGUGGGCCUGGCCAUCGGGGCCGUGUUGGCCUUCAUGGGCUACCUCUCCUAUAAGGACCUGUACUGCUGCUUUGCCAAGUGCUGCAGCUACGAGGAGCCACUCAUCGCCUCGACUCUCAAGUUGGAUUUGGAACAGAAGCUGUUUGGACAGCAUCUGGCCACGGAAGUGAUUCUCAAGGCACUGAUAGGCUUCAAAAGCAGAAAUCCCAAGAAAUCACUGACCCUGUCUUUGCAUGGCCAGGCUGGCACAGGCAAGAAUUUUGUUAGUUAAAUUGUGGCUGAAAAUCUUCACCCAAAAGGCCUGAAGAGCGACUUUGUCCACCUGUUUGUAUCAACUCUGCACUUCCCUCAUGAGCAGAAGAUUAAACUGUACCAGUAGCAGCUACAGAAGUGGAUUCAUGGAAAUGUGAGUGCCUGCACCAGCUUGGCUUUCAUAUUUGAGAAGAUUCAUAAGUUGCAUCCUGGGAUCAUCGAUUCCAUCAAGCCCUUCCUAGACUACUAUGAGCAGUUGGAUAGGGUAUUCUACUGCAAAGCCAUCUUCAUCUUUCUCAGCAAUGCAGGUGGAGACCUCAUAACUAAGAUGGUUCUGGACUUCUGGAGGGCAGGAAGAAAGAGGGAAGACAUCCAGCUGAAGGACCUGGAACCUGUGCUGUCUGUUGGAGUCUUCAACAAUAAACACAGUGGCCUGUGGCACAGUGGGCUAAUAGAAAGAAACCUUAUCAACUACUUCAUCCCCUUGGAGUACAGACACAUGAAGAUGUAUGUGAGGGCAGAGAUGCAGUCCUGUGGUGUUGCUGUAGAUGAAGACAUAUUCACCAGGGUGGCAGAGGAAAUGACGUUUUUCCCCAAAGAUGAGAAAAUCUAUUCAGACAAGGGCUGUAAGAGCGUGCAGUCCCGGCUAGAUUUCCACUGAGCGCUUACCCACACCUGGACCUUGCCCUUCAGAAACACUUUAAAGACCUCUUCAGGGUUCUGCAUAUUUGCACCUGUGAACUU